CGGCUCCUACCGGAAGUGCGGGAACUGGGCGGGAGCCUGAGAGGGCUGGAGCAACCCUCCGGAAUUCAGGAGGUGUAGAAACGCUCACCUCUUCUAUGGUGCUCCGGCUUCGCCUCUACAGCGCCCUAUACCCUUCCUGGGGUCCUAUCUGCCUCUUUCCUAGGUCCUUUGCCUCGUGUUCCGGAAAUCCUGCCUCCUGCUGCACGAUGCCCCAGCUCGGACUCCUACAUGGGAGGGCCUGGGCUGUGCUGUUUGGCCAGCUCCGGCGACCGCCCGGUGCUGUAUGCAUCAGGGCAGUCCAUUCUCAUAGCCAGGUUGCGGAGGCAGCGUUAGCAACCCAACUGAAACCACAUCAAGAGAAAUCAAAUUUUAUUAUCAAGACCCCAAAGGGCACCAGAGAUCUUAGUCCCGAGCAGAUGGUCCUGAGGGAGAAAAUUCUUGAUAUGGUUGUUAGCUGCUUUAAACGUCAUGGAGCAAAGGGGUUGGAUACCCCGGCAUUUGAGCUAAAGGAAAUGCUUACUGAGAAGUAUGGAGAGGACUCUGGGCUCGUCUAUGAUCUGAAGGAUCAGGGUGGAGAGCUAUUGUCCUUGCGCUAUGACCUUACUGUCCCUUUUGCUCGUUAUCUGGCCAUGAAUAAAGUGAAGAAGAUGAAACGCUAUCAUGUUGGAAAGGUGUGGCGUCGGGAGAGCCCAACCAUAGCCCAAGGCCGCUACAGGGAGUUCUGCCAGUGUGACUUUGACAUUGCUGGUCAGUUUGACCCUAUGAUCCCUGAUGCAGAGUGUUUGAAGAUCAUGUGUGAAAUCCUUAGUGGGUUGCAGCUGGGGGAUUUUCUCAUUAAGGUCAAUGACCGGCGGAUUUUGGAUGGGAUAUUUGCCGUCUGUGGUGUUCCUGAAAGCAAGUUCCAUGCCAUCUGCUCCUCGGUAGACAAACUAGACAAGAUGUCUUGGAAAGAUGUGAGACAUGAGAUGGUGGCAAAGAAAGGCCUGGCUGCUGAAGUAGCUGAUCGAAUUUGGGAUUACGUCCAAUGUCAUGGAGGGGUGUCCUUGGUGAAACAAAUGUUCCAGGAUCCCAGACUAUCCCAGAACAAGCAGGCCCUAGAGGGCUUGGGAGACCUGAAGCUGCUAUUUGAAUAUCUGACUUUAUUUGGAAUUGCUGAAAAGAUCUCCUUUGACCUGAGCCUGGCUCGGGGCCUGGACUACUAUACAGGAGUGAUCUAUGAAGCGGUGCUGCUACAGACCCCAGCUCAUGCUGAGGAGGAGCCACUGAAUGUGGGCAGUGUGGCUGCUGGUGGGCGCUAUGAUGGGCUGGUGGGCAUGUUUGACCCCAAAGGCCACAACGUGCCAUGUGUGGGGCUCAGCAUUGGGGUGGAGCGGAUCUUCUCCAUUGUGGAGCAGAGGAUGAAGACUUUUGGUGAGAAGAUACGGACCACAGAGACCCAAGUGUUUGUGGCCACACCACAGAAGAACUUUCUCCAAGAACGGCUGAAGCUAAUUGCAGAGCUUUGGGAUGCUGGGAUCAAGGCAGAGCUGAUGUAUAAGAACAACCCUAAACUACUAACUCAACUGCACUACUGUGAGAACACGGGCAUCCCACUGGUGGUCAUUAUUGGUGAGCAAGAACUGAAGGAAGGGGUCAUCAAGCUCCGUUCAGUGGCCAACAGGGAGGAGGUGGCCAUUACACGGGAAAAUCUUGUGGCUGAAAUUCAGAAGCGACUGUCUGAGUCUUGAUCCUUGCCUGAAUGCCAUCUGCUGCUCUUUGUAGAAAAGGUUUCAUCUAGGACUGACUUCCUGAGGGACUUCAUAACUGCUGGCCAGGAUGGGUGACAAGUGCCUCUGCAUCCUUCAUCCUUCCUGGGUGCAGAACUGUAGAAGGCCCUGAGGACUCCUGGGCUAGUGUGAGCAGCUAUUCUGCAUGGGCGCAGAUGGCUG